AUGGGAAAGCUGAUCAAGAACCAUUGGGCUCGCCUUAUCAUCCUGACAGCAGCAACACUCCAAUGCGCCGCGGGAGUCCACGGUUUCUUCUGGCCCAAAAUAUUUUGGGACUUCCUGACAAAGAACCUCGAUGGAGCCGUAAAGCCAGUUCCUGUCCUGCAGAUUCUCAAUGUGUUGUUCGGAAUCCUAUCUCUAGCCUGGGAAUGGCCGUUGAAACCCCUCGCUGGAACUGCGAUACAUCGCAGCAUUGAAAUACGAUUGUUGGUAUUUCCUAUCAGUACGCUAUGCGCAAUAUUGCUAUAUCAGGGAACCAAUUCCGCACUUUAUUACCUGAUUGGAAUGAUCGUGUAUUUUUGGGCAUAUAGUGAGGGAGAGGUUGUCUGCCCUGAGCCAUGGACAUUGCCCAGGAGAGUGAAACCUGGCCAGCCCAAAGUGUAA